AUGAACGACAACAAACCUAGUGCCCCUCAUGCUACCACUUCCCGCGAAACACCCCGUGGUGACCAUCAGCGUCGGCGUCCUGGCAAUCCAAACUGGGCCUUCUACCAAGGUCCCCGCCAGCGAGGUGAAGAUGAUGCCUUCCGUUUUGAUCCUCCCAGACCUCGAUCCUGUCGCCACGACUCUUCCAGACAUCGUUCCAAUCGCCAUAACCCUUCCUUGAAUCCAAGUGACGACAUCUUCCGCCAUUUCAAUACAUUUCCAAGAACGGAUCGGACGCGCAGACAAAGGACGACAUGUCGCCACCGACCAAACAUGCCACAAAUCUACAGACCUGCCGUUGCUGUCGGACUCCCGAUGGCCCACGUUGCCGUUCUAUCUUCUCCCGCAGCCAAAGCCUUCUUUAAGAACGCCGAUAUUCCACAACGAUUCAGCAAGGUCAUCAACUGCUUUCGUGCUGCAAUGAACUCAGAUGAAUUGAGAUCAGACAUGUCAGAUGAUGCUAAGAUAGCAAGGUACCCAAUAAUCUGGGAUUCAGGUGCAACAACCUCAAUCUCACCUUACAAGGACGACUUUGUGGGAAAACUUGAGCCAGCACCUCUUGGACUCAAGCUUCGUGGAAUUACUAGCGGCCUGAAAAUCGAAGGGAUUGGACAUGUUGCAUGGUCAGUGGUUGACACAACUGGCAUGUUACGAACAAUCAAGGUGCCUGCCCUAUACAUGCCUUCUGCCACAGCUCGAUUGCUCAGUACUUCAAGUUUGCUCCAGACAUACACCGAUGAGUCCAUCUCAAUGAACACUGAAUAUCCUUUUCAAAUACGUCCACCUGUUGUUCACGUCCCGGAGCAUGUACAAGAAUGA